GAUAGGAUAUUUAACGACCGAUUACGUUUUUAUUCUUCUUCAAGCCAAGAGAGCCCUAAAAAUCAGAACACCAACUGACAAGACAAACGCCACCAUAUCAUCAAAACCAUAAUCUUCUCUCCCUACUUGUAAUCAGCUUCCUAAUCCAGUCAACCAUGGAUGUUGAUCCUCGUCACUACGAACAAAUUGCCAUCAAAGAUAGUGAUAUCCACAAUAUUGUGCUAUCCUAUCUGGUGCACAAUUGCUACGGAGAAACUCUGGAAUCGUUUGUGGCUUGUUCUGGGAUGCCUGAGCCUGCAGAUUAUAUCGAGGAUAUGGAGAAAAGAAAAGGAAUCGUUCGUUGUACUUUAGAGGGGAAUGCACUCAAGGCAGUUGAGCUGACAGAACAGGUGGCAUGUGACUUACUGGAGAAUAACAAGGACUUGCAUUUUGAUCUCUUGAGCCUUCAUUUUGCCGAUCUUGUUUGUGCUAAGAAGUGCACGGAAGCUUUGGAAUUUGCUCAACAGAAGUUGACACCAUUUGGAAAGGAGAAGAAGUACGUUGAAAAACUUGAAGACUUUAUGGCUCUGCUUGCUUAUGAGGAACCUGAAAAAUCACCAAUGUUUCAUCUGCUUGGCUUGGAGUACCGUCAGCAUGUAGCAGAUAAAUUGAAUCGGGCUAUUCUUGCUCAUACAAACUUGCCAAGCUACACAGCAAUCGAGAGGCUGAUACAACAGACCACAGUAGUCAGGCAAAGCUUAAAUCAAGAUCACGGUAAGGAUGGGAUUCCACUAUUUUCUCUGAAAGACUUUCUCAAAGGCUAGGUUCUGGAAGUGAUUAAAAGAUUUCGGUGAGAGUAAUGAAGGCACUUCGUAUCUUGUUGCCACCGCGUGGUUUUGGUGUAAGGUUUGUUCAUGGGAAGAAAACAGUUAUCAAUGCCUUCACAUCCGUGAAAGUUGUUGAGAAGGCUGUCAGCUGUCUCAUGUGUCUGCUUCUUCCUGCAUUUGGUGAGGUAGGCCUCUUUCCAUGAUUGACCACAACACUAGUGCAUUUGGGUGUGAGCUCUGCCCUAAAUUGGACGUCAUCAUCCAUGAUUUUGACAAUCCAAUGUCUUGUAAAAUUUUGCUUGCAUAUUAAUUAGAGACCAGGACUCUAGAUUAUCUUGUGCCCAAACGUCAAAUUAAUUAUGAUUUGACGUUGCUGGAAGUCAUGUCUAGUGGAGCAAGGUUGAAGUACCUAACAAUAUUGCUUGUAAAAUUAUUCACGGGGGCAAAAACUGCCAUUGGUAGGCGUGCUUGCCUCCCUAUUUCUAUAACACGGUGUACAUGGCGCACCUUAAAACGAAUUGUAAUUCUGGAAUGUUGAUGGUAUUAUUCUUGCUGGUACUCGAUAA